ACAUCCUGAUAGGACAAGCCACCACCACAUAGACCCCCAACAUUCACUCAUGUUAGCUGUGUGCACCUCUACCUGGGCGUUGGCGUGAAGUUAGCUCCCAAACAGAUUCACGUGAUGGCUGCAAGGCCGCCAGUUCCGACUUUGACCAAACUGACCUGUGUGCUGCUGGUCUACGUAAAGCUGACGACACAAGUCACCCCUCCGCCUUGUAACCCUGGAGACAACCUCUAUGCCCCAGUCUUCAUUAAUUCCGAGGUGCAACAGACCAUACCAGAAACAUUGCCUAUAGACGCCAGCGUCGCAACACUGAGCGCUUCGGAUAAGGACACUUUGUGUAACUUUGGAAGCCUGACGUACAGCAUCACCGGCGAUGGUUCUGCUGCAUCGUAUUUUGGAAUAGAAAAGGACACAGGAAUAGUUUCUUUGAAAACCAGCCUGACAAACACAUCCAUCGUUGACUUCACUGUCCGUAUUGAGGUACAAGAUGGCAGCUCCCCUCCCUGGAGUUCCACAGCUUUGCUGUACUUAAAGAUUACACGAAAUUUUGAACGCCCAGUAUGGAGUUCUGCAAGGUAUGCUACCAACAUCCCAGAGACUGCCCCAGUGCUUGAGAAUAUCCUGAGUGUCACAGCCACAGAUAGAGAUGCCCAGCCCCCCAACAAUGAAGUGACGUAUGAGCUUGUAGGAAAUGCUGUUCAACUCUAUUACUUUGAGAUUGUUAGUUCCACUGGUGAUAUUCGCCCAAGGCGUCCACUUACUUCCGAUACAAACAGAAGAAGUCAGUUUGAUUUUGUUGUGAUCGCUCGAGAUCAAGGCAGCCCUCCUCUCACUGCUGCAAUCAAUGCCUCUGUGACAAUAUCAGUGUUCAGAAACAACAACGCCCCUCGGUUUAUCCAGGAUCCCUACUCCAUUACAGUAGCUCAGGGCCUGGGCAGUGGCACGGUCAUCUCUGUCAGGGCAGUUGAUGAUGACCCUUCUACGGAAUUCAACCAGAUCUCAUAUUCCAUCGAGGGUCCAGCAAAUGCUCUGACUCUGUUUACAAUUGAUGGGUCAGGAAAUAUCCAACCAACAAACCCUGCUGCUAUCAACAGUGCCUCAGAGACAAAUUAUAAGAUUUAUGUUCGAGCUGAGGACAAUGGCAUUCCCAAACUGUACGACAUUGUCCUUGUUGAACUCACCAUCAACCGGAACCUGAACCCACCCAUCUUCAACCCCGUCACCUAUGAAGAGACCAUUCUGGAGACCAGGCCAUUUGGAGACGUGGCUCUCAGAGUGACAGCUUCAGAUGCUGAUAACCUGGUAUGUGGUUGUUGUUAACUGAAAUGUCA